AAAAAAACCCCACACGGCUCGGAAUGGACGCACGUUCUGAACGGCAGCGAUGUUUCUGGAAUUUCAGCUCCUCAUUAAUUACCUUCAUUUUCAAACUGACCCUCACGUGCGAAUUAGAAAUAACGGUUUUUAUUUUUUAUUUUUUUAUUUGUAAACUGAAAGUUAAUUAGAGCUCGAGCUCGCUCUCUCCGGUGCUGGGCAAUCACACGCGUACAGAGUGAUUAGUUCUAUUUUAUAUUAUAAUUAUUCAGGACUUAUCCCGGGGGUAGUGUUUAUUAUUAUUAUUAUUAUUAUUAUUAUUAUUUAUUUGAUGAGACAUUGUGUUGGAGGGAUUUUUCCUGGACUGAAGGAUGUGAAGUUGAGCGGAGAGUAGAGUUCAGCCCUGAGGAUGAUGUGACAGUCUUCAUCUCUAAAUCCUGAUUUUUUCCCCCUUUUUUCUCUUUCUGUGGUGUUUUUUUUUUUUUUUUUGGCACCUGGAUGGAGGUUUUGUCCACCAUGCUGUGCUCCUGGGUUCUGCUGUCCGGCGUCAUGCUUCUAGGAGUUGCAGAAAGCCGAAUCCCAGAGACGCUCCCGCGUUACUCCUCCUCGCCCACCUACCUGCCCGUCAAUUACCAGCUCCUCAACUCCGAGUCGUCGUUCUUGCUGAAGGAGGCCACGCAGGACUUCAUGCGCAACUCGAGCUUCCUCUCGAGGACCGAACCCUUCUUCAUCCACCAGGCCAGGAAACCUCCAACCCUCAGAGCCAGCUACGGCUCGCUCUCAGUGGAGCAGCCCGUUCCUCCGGAGCUCCUCCAGCCUCCAGGCUCUUUCAUCACCUCCUCCACGCUCUUCACCUUCAACUGGAAGGUUCAGACCUUCAUCCUGAGACAGAAGAUCCACCUGGACAAGCCCAGGAUCCAGGUGCUGUUCUACAUCUCUGGGAGGGACUGGGACGACUACAGCGUGGUGGACAAACUGCCCUGCGUGCGUAUGUUCGCGUUCCACGAAACGCAGGAAGUACGCGGGAGCUGCCGGCUGCAGGGGGAGCUGGGAGUGUGCGUCGCUGAGCUGGAGCCUCCCACAUCGUGGUUCGCUCCGCCCACCGUCAUUCCCGGACGGCAAAAAAUCUCGGAUCUUCCCGAGGGAAACCAAGUGGCGCUUUAUUACUCUCUGCGGUCAGCACAAAACGGACAGUGCCUCGGAAAGGAUCCGGGGUUCAGGAAUCCCGGCCAGCCGGGAAGCCAGGAAGACUUGUUCGGAUCUACCACGUCGACUCCGAUGAAGAGGAUCGGAACCGUGAGGUUGUUUAGGACUCCCGCCGACCCGGAAUUAUCCGAACAGAGAGUGGACGGGAAUUUUGCGGUGCUCGUGCCAUCAGCGCCGGUCCGGCCCAGGGAAAGCGUAUCGGCUUACGUCGCCGUUUCUCCCUACUCACCCGUGGAAAUGUUCACUUUGAGGUAA